AUGCAGCGCUUAGCUGCGCUUGUCGCAGGCGCCGCGAGGCGCCGCUCCGGAGGCAGCGACUGCUGGGGAAUCGCCGCCACGCUGCGCGCUUUCGGCAGCAGCCCGUCGCCCGCCGCCGCCGCCGCCACGCCCGGCGCAGCCCCCAGCGGCGCCGUCGACCCGUCGCGCAUCCGCAACUGGUGCAUCUGCGCGCACGUUGACCACGGCAAGACGACGCUGUUUGACCGGCUGCUGGCGCAGUGCGACGUUUCCCUCUCGGGCGAGAGGGCGAUGGACAGCGGCGCGCUGGAGAAGGAGAGGGGCAUCACCAUCCUCAGCAAGGUGACGAGCUUCCAUUACCAGGGGCAUCUGAUCAACGCGCUCGACACCCCGGGGCACGCAGACUUUGGCGGCGAGGUGGAGCGCGUGUUGUCGAUGGUCGAUGGCGCGGUGCUGCUUGUGGACGCAGUGGAAGGGCCCCUGGCCCAGACCAAGUUUGUGCUAAGCAAGGCCCUGGCGCGCGGCCUGGCCCCACUGGUGGUGUUGAAUAAGGUCGACAGGCCGGCAGCAACACAGGCGGGUGGUGCUGCGCGCUGUGACGCCGUGGCCAGCCAGCUGUUUGACCUGUUUGCAGCCCUGGGGGCCAGCGACGCGCAGCUGGACUUCCCGGGCUGGGCGUCGCCCACGCUGCCGCCGCCGGGCGCGCCGCCCCCCACGUGCGGCAUGGCGCCGCUGCUCGACGCCAUCGUGCAGCACGUGCCGCCCCCGAAGGUCGACUCCGCGGCCCCCUUCUCGCUGUGCGUGGCCAUGAUAGAGCGCGACCCAUACGUAGGCCGCCUCGCCACCGGCCGCGUCGCCUCCGGUCGUGCGCGCGUCGGCGACCGCGUCCGCGUGCUGCAGCACCCCGGCGGCGGGGGCGCGGUAAUCGACGAGCUGCGGAUCACCAAGAUCGAGAAGCGCGUCGGGCUGUCCAAGGUUGCGCUGUCCGAGGCUGUGGCGGGGGACAUCGUGCAGGUCGCGGGGCCGGGGGACGCCGCCGGCAUCGCCGACACCAUCGCGGCGCCGACGGUGACGCAGGCGCUGGACCCGGGGCCGAUCGACCCCCCGACACUCAGCAUGGUGUUCUCAGUCAAUGACUCCCCUUUGGCGGGCAAGAGCGGCAAGGCGGUGACGUCACGCGCCAUCGGGGAGCGGCUCAUGGCGGAGGCAGAGGGCAGUGUGUCACUCAAGGUCACGCCCCUACAGGGUGCCACCGAGAGCUACGAGGUCCGCGCGCGCGGGGAGCUGCAGCUGGGGGUGCUGAUCGAGGGGCUGCGGCGCGAGGGCUUCGAGUUCAGCGUGUCGCCGCCCACGGUGGUCAUGAGGUGCGGCCGGGGGCGGCAGGCGCCGGGCGCGGCGGCCGCUGGGGGCGCGGCAGCUUCCUCCUGGCAAGAGAAUGGUCAGCGCAUGGAACCCAUAGAGGAGGUGGUGGUAGAGGUGAACGACGAGCACGCUGGCGCCGUCAUCGAGGCGCUGGGCCUGCGGCGGGGGGAGCUGCUCGAGAUGGGGCCGGCCGCGGGCGCGGGCGCCGGGCCGGAGGGCAGCAACAGCGGCGGGCGGCAGCGGCUGGCGUUCGUGGUGCCCUCACGGGGGAUGAUCCAGUUCAGGGCCGCGUUCAUCGGCAUCACCCGCGGCGAGGGCCUGCUGCAGCGCGCGUUCCUGCGGUAUGCGCCCUACACUGGCGCCAUCACCAGCAGCCGCAAGGGCGCCAUCGUCUCCACCGCCAUCGGCAAGGCGCGCGCCCUAGAGGGGGCCACCCUGUACGCCCUGGAUGACCUGGCGUCCCGCGGCACCUUCUUCGUGGCCCCCGGGGAUGACGUGUACGAGGGCAUGGUCAUAGGGGAGGCCAACCGGCCCGCCGAUAUCACUGUCAACAUCACUCGCGAGAAGAAGCUCACAAACGUCAGGAGUGUUGUGGCCGAUGAUAAAAUGCUGAUCGCGCCGUGCCGCCAGAUGUCCCUGGAAGAGGCGAUCGGAUAUGUGGAGGAGGACGAGCUUGUAGAGGUCACACCAGGCAGGGUGCGCAUACGCAAGGUGGUGCUCGACUCGAAUCAGAGGGCGCGCGCCGCAAAGCGCGCCGCCGUGCAGGCGGAGGCCUGA